AUGGUCGGAAGGAUACGCGACCAGACCACUGGAGCUGUUCUGAGAGCAUCUGGCAAGAAAGACAGCCGAAACGAAGACCGAGAUGCGAAUCCGCUAAAUGAUUCCAUUCCGGGCGAAGUUGUCCGACGCAACGAAAAAGCUCAUAAAUCAGGGCCCAGUGCGAAAGCUCUGGCAGAAACAGACUUGCAAGCUGUUCUGGCGAAAGGCUCCGGCACUCGAGAAAAGUGGCUGAAGAAGGCCUUGCAACAGGUGCAGGAGGGGGACCUGUCGGCUGCAGACGUCUACAACAUCCUCAAGGUGCCGGACUUCGCCUCGGACCUGAAAGAUAAGACAGGGAAGAGCAUGUACAAGUUUCUCAUGUCUCGGAUAUCCGUGUUCUCAAAGGGGCAACAGCGAUUCCUGCAAAAGGAAUGCUCUUUGGCUCAGCUUUUCGGUGGAGAAGGAGGUCAGGGCGUGGGCAGUGACGAAGUCAAAAUGCCCAAUUCGGCCGAGCCAAACCCAGAGGCUGCGGAGCAGAUGAUGGCGCGCGUGCGAGAAUUCGUGCGGCAACAGCAGGGAGUGGAACUGGACCAGGCAGUAUCUGCCGUUCCGGAGCCUGUCGCGCCGCCACCCCUCCCCAGGCAGGAUACAUCUGCAGUGGCGAGCAUGAUCGCCAGGGCGGCUUCGACAGCAGUGAGUUACCAGGCGGCCAGGGCGGCCUGGCCGAGCGAAAGCGAGAUGGCACCGGAUGUGCUCACGCAGGCACGGAACGAAAGUGAAGCUUCAAGUCCAUCUCGAAAAGUCAAGAAGAGUAAGCGUCCUUCCUCCAGCUCUCCAAGCUCGAGGCGUCGCCGAAAGGAAUCGCGCUCGCGCUCCAGGGGCCGGAGGAGACGAUAG